AUGGCCUUAUACGAUCCAAAAUCGGAGACAAAGAUUCGCACAGAUGCAUCUUCAUAUGGUUUGGGUCCAAUUUUGAUGCAAAGACAAAGUAAUCAUCAAUGGCAACCAGCCGCGUAUGCUUCUAGAGCAUUGUCACCAACAGAACAAAGAUACGCAUAAAUUGAAAAAGAAGCACUGGGAAUUAUGUGGGGAUGUGAGAAGUUUUCUGAGUACAUUUCUGGCAUGAAGUUUCAUAUAGAAACAGAUUACAAGCCAUUGGUUCGAGUAUUUACGCAGAAGAAUCUCAACGAUAUGUCUCCAAGGAUACAAAGAUUCCUGAUUCCUCUCUUACGAGCAAGGAAAAGAUUUGGUGUGUGCUGACACUUUGUCUCGUUCUCCAUUAAUGGAUAAAGGAGAUGAAGAUAUACUCACUGGAGAGGCAAAUGGAAUUGUUGAUCAAGUAUUGAAAGAGUUACCAUGCACAGAAGAUAGAUUAGAUGAGUUUAGAAUACGUCUCAAGCAAGAUGUAGUAUGUGAACAAGUUAUGAAGUACUGCACUUAUAGAUUGCCAGACAAGAAUCAUGUCAAUGGCGCUAUGAAACCCUAUUGGCAACAUGUAGAUGAUUUAGCGAUUCAAGACAGUCUCCUAUACUCCAUGGAAAAAGAUUAG